AUGGCCGAAAAGUAUCUUAAAAUUGGCCAGCGUGUCGAGCUGACCGGUAAGGAUGUACGUGGCACGAUUGCGUACCUCGGUAUGACCUCGUUUGCCGUCGGCAAAUGGGUUGGCGUAAUAUUGGAUGAAGCUAAAGGGAAGAACAACGGAUCGAUAAAAGGACAUCAGUAUUUUUCGUGUGAGGAAAACUAUGGAAUGUUCGUACGGCCAACGCAGCUGGUGUUUAUCGAUGACGCUGGUAAUCCGAUCGAGGAUGCACAAACACCGGAAGAGAAACCACGGUCCCGAUUGAGCAGUGCUAAGCGCGCAACUGGCAGAGUACCUGCGGGCUCUGUUCGAUCACUCGCCUCAAUGCCUGGAUCGACACAAACGUUUACGGCCAAGCCAACAGCGGUGCGCCGAAAGUCUCCGGUUAAGCAGCCGCAAACGAAGCGCGCCUCCAUGACAAUGACACUGUCAACAUCCAGCUCUAGGAUGUCGCUCAACCGUAGCACGAGUUCGCUCGGUUCCAAAACGCAGCUAACCUCACCGGGCAGUGAACGAGCCUCGGGACAAUCGUCCAUCCCGACACCGGUAUCGUCCAUCCCGACGAUGGUGAAAACCGAUCGGCACGAACCGCUGCAGCGAUCGCACAUGAGCCCACCGGAAUCGCUCCAAACCUCCAAGCGUGCCUCGUUCGUCGAGACCGGCUUUGUGGAAACGCUGAAACCACAGUUCACCCCGGGACAAUCGCUCAUCUCGCCAUCGCCAGCGCCGACACCCGCUCCCGGCUCAUCCACCGAGGAUCGCAUUCACAUCCUACAGCUGCAACAGGAGCUGGAAGAGAUGCGUAAGCUAAAUAACGAUCUAGGCGAAAAGCUGGAAACGCUAAAACAGCGCCGGGCGGAAGAUCGAGAACGGUUGCGUGAGUUCGACAAGAUGAAAACACAGUACGAGCAGCUGGUGGAGUUUAAGAGCAAAAUCAUGGACGCUCACUCGCAGCUUCAGCGCGAUCUGCAGCGGGCGAAACAGGAUGCGAAGGAUGCAAUCGAGGCACGCGAUUUGCACAGUGAGGAAAUGUCCGAACUGGCGGAAAACGUUGAACUGAUCACACUCGACAAGGAGAUGGCCGAGGAGAAGGCCGACACGUUAGCGCUCGAGCUGGAAACGGCCAAGGAGCGCAUCGAAGAGCUGACGCUGGAUCUGGAAAUUUUGAAAACGGAGAUGCAAGAAAAGUUAGGCUCGAGCGGUACGGCCGGUACCGGUGUAAUCAGUGGUGACGGUACGGCCGUAGCUUCGACCUACGAGUUCAAACAACUGGAGCAACAAAACGCACGUCUGCGAGAAACGCUGGUACGAUUGCGCGAUCUCUCCGCACACGAAAAGCACGAAAUUCAAAAGCUGGAAAAAGAACUGGACACAAAGAAAUCGGAAGUGACGGAACUGCAGCGCACGAAGGAAAAGUUUUCCGCCAAAAUCGAUGAACUGGAGGCACAGCUGGGUGAUCUGCAAGAGCAGGUCGAUGCGGCACUCGGCGCGGAAGAGAUGGUUGAGCAGCUGGCAGAGAAAAAGAUGGAGCUUGAGGAUAAGGUAAAAUCACUCCAGGAAGAAGUGGCCGAACUGGAGGCGCUCGAGGAGGUGCACGAACAGCUGGUCGAGAGCAACCACGAGCUGGAGAUGGAUAUGCGCGAGGAGCUCGAUCUGGCGCAUGCGGCAAAACGUGAGGCAAUGCGCGAAAAAGACGCCGCCCUGGAGACGAUCGUCGACCGUGACCAGACGAUACUGAAGUUCCGCGAGCUAGUCCAGCGGCUGAACGAACAGUGUCAGGAGUUGCGCGAACGUUUGAGCCACGAAUCGACCAAGCAGCAGCAACAGCAGCAAUCGAAGGAUACGGCACUCAUUACGGAGACGAUCGAUUUCAAGCAAAUGUUUGCCGAAUCGAAGGCGUUUACGCGUGCGAUCGAUCUGCAGCUGCGCCAGAUCGAGCUGACGCAGGCGAACGAACACGUGCGCUACCUGACCGCGUUCAUGCCGGACGUGUUUAUGGCACGGGGUGGCGAUCACGAUGCCAUCCUCGUGAUACUGCUCGUGUCGCGCAUCGUCUUCAAGUCCGGUAUCAUUGUUAGCCAGGCCCGGGAACGGUUUGCCAACGUGCCGCAGAUGGACCGGGCCGCGAUACUGACCGGCCACGAGGUGGCACAGUUCGGGUUCCGGUCGCGCUUGUUACACCACGUGCAUAAUCUUCAGAGCAUUAUGCAUCAGUUCCUGUUUAGCAUGACGGGUUGUAAAGCGGAUACGCUGCUCAAGAUCGGUGCGGCACUGCCGGAGAUGCAGGCACAGGAAAAGAUGGUGGACGAAAUUGUCGAUCUGCUAAAGGCGAACCAGCUGGAUGAAAACUCUUCCACCGACAAUCUGGAAAAGUGUGUAACUUUCUUCAACGCAAUGUACGUGGUAUUACUGACUGGUGAGGAUCUCGUCAACGAAACGCAAAUUGUGCGCGAUUGUACCGCAUCGAUCGGUGCGGCAUGCGAUUCGAUCGCGAACGAUUCCAACAUCGUUAAGAUAUUGAUAAAGCCCGGUGAUGAAACCAGCGAUUCCGGACUGCUGUUGCAGUACAUUCUACAGAACGUGGAAAACAUACGACAACAGCUGAAACUCGUCAAGCGUCGCCUGCCACAGGAUGUCGCGAUCACAAAGUGCAACCUCUCGAUGAACACGCUGCGCAAUCUCAAGCGCACAGCCGAAGCACUGAACAAGGUGAUGAGUGUACUGUUCUACGCUACCCGCCAAUGUCUGCAGCUGGUCACGCUGGAUCCCGAAACGGAAACCUCCGUGCCGCACGACAAAUUGUGGGAAAUCCUAUCGAACAGUUGCGAGAAGGUGUACGAGCAGGAUGAUCUCGGACCGUCACAAAACGUACGCAACGUGCUCAGCGCGGCGAGCACCGAUAUGGGCCAGCUGGCACAGUAUCUGCUCGAUCACGAGUACGAAAUCGUCUCGGCCACGAACACCGCCAAACCGGAGGAGAAACCGGUCGCACCGAUCAUACUGCGUGCGCAGGCAGUGAAGAAACAGCUGGAAGAAACGAAAACACUGACGGCCACGCUCGAGAACCGGGAGGCGGAGAUACGGCAGCUUAAGCUGGCCGCCAAGCUGAAGCAGAACGAACUGUCCGAGAUGCAGAUACGGAAAGAUUUGGCCGAGAAGAAGCUGUCCGUGCUGCAGCAGGACCACGAAACGAACACAACGCGGCUACAGAAACAGUACGAUGAAGUGUGCGCCAAGUUGAAACAGAAGGAGAAAGAGUUCGAAGAAACGAUGGAUCACCUGCAGAGCGAUAUCGAUUCGCUGGAGAGCGAAAAGAGCAGCUUGCGCGAUAAGCUGAAGUCGUUCAGCUCGCGCAAGGUGGACCUUAAGACGACGACCGCGCUGGACAUUUCGGCCAGUUCGCCGUACAUCGCACAGGAAUUGUCGCUGCUGAAGCGUGCGUUUAAGGACGAACGAACGGAACGGUUAAAGGUACAGGCGAACGAGUACCGGAAGAUCCUUUCCGGGUUGGAACCGUUGCACGUACCGCAGCCGAAGGACGAUCGUAUCCAGGAGCUGGAACAGAAGAUAACGCGCGUCAAGCACGAUCUGAUCAUGUCGCUGGUUAAGGGUGCGGAAAUACCUUCCACCCAUACCGUGCACGGUAGCGUCUCCAAAUCGAUCCUUGAUCACGAGAAUCACCAGAAGCAACAGCAAACGCAGAUACGCGCGAAGGCGGAACAGCUGGCCUGCGAUGUGAUGCAGGAAUAUCUCAGCAGAAAGCCACACCGUGCGGCAAAGGCCGAUUUUGCUUCCUUCCCGUCGAACGAACUGUCGGCGGCGUUUCGGGUAAACGUUCGUGUGUAA